AUGGACUGCUGCAACUACGUCGAGGCAUACGCGGGAGGGGGUCACUUUUAUCAGCAGCAACACUACUUUUGUUAUGAUAACGUGAAUCAGGGGUAUAACGGAUACGAACCACCGCCGAUCGCUGGGGGGAUCGAGGGUAAUCAAAGGUACAGCGGACCGAUGCCGCCUGGGUACAGCACAGAUUACGUGUACAAUCCAAAGGAGGCGAGGAUACGUAAAGCAAUGCGUGAGCAGAGCCGCGAGCUAUCCCGACGAUCGAUCCUCCAAAGCGCGAUCGCAAGGGCAGGUGUGAUCGCCGGCCCAGUCGCCUCUGCUGGUUUUCUGGACCACCAGCAACACCGUUUCGGCUGUGUCUCUGCCUCUGGGUUGCCGAUCAACCAGCCCCUGGAGCCCGAUCGUGUCACGGAGCCGUGGUUCCAGACGGCCCCGCGACCGAAACCGAUCCAUUCGCCGCGUAUGGCCGAUUGGUACGGGAGCGUAGGCGAGCCGAUCGACCGGCUGCAAGCGAUGGGCGGCGGAGGAAUGCACCAGCGUGGCCUGGACAAGUGCAAGGAGGCGAUCAGGAGCGGUCAAACAGGUGGCGUGAACGCAGAUUGCGCCGCCACGUUCCCUGCUGGAGGAUACUCCGUUGACUUCAAUGAUGUGAACAGGGAAAGGGAGCUCCGUCGACAAGAGAGCAUCGCGGAGUACGGUGACUUCACCGACGCCCAGAAAUGGCACCCUUAUCAAAACGGUGGAGGCUCUCAUCAGCAUCCCAGGGCGUCGCACCCUUCUCAGAUGGGUGCGAUACUUCAUCCAAACGUUCAGAGUCCGAGUUCCCACGGACACGGACCAUGGGGCCAAUUUUGUCACGGCGUAUUGCCGCACGUUCCAACUAUGCCACGAAGUAUGGGAGUUCGCGGACCACGACAUACCGUUCUGCUGCGGGAUCGUUUGACCGGCAGACAUUGCGGGUUCGCCGAGGAGUCAGGACGGUUAACGUACGCCCCGAAUAAACUCGACGUGGAGAACGUGCGAGCGUCAUAUUCAUCCCCCGAGCAUCAGAUGCCAAGAUUACUCGAAUCGUCCGUCGACAAUAUGGUGGAUUCUGCAUCCGCGCAGAGGACUCGCCGCGAGGAUGAGGGACCCAGGUGGGAACCGAACACCAUCAACAAUGGAAUUUCUAUGGAUAACUUAGCACCGAAUACGGAAACGAAUAUGCCACGUGACAAGGAACGCCGUUCUGCGGAUAGAAUUGAGCCGAAGAAGAAGUCCGUGAGCAAGCAACCGUUGCCCGGUUUUCAUCAGGCGUUCGGCUCGACGGAGAUCGGCAGGUUCUCCAGGUCGGAGUUCUUCGUGAACAUGGUGGGCGAGAGUGGCGGAGGUGUGGAGGUCCCAGACACGGAAUCGGCCGACGUAAGUACAGAUCGUAUACCGGAAGUGAACGGAUCCGCUGUCGCAGCGACGACGCACGACAACACCGCCGCGGUGACCGCGACCGCGACGACCACCGUGAGGAGCUUCGACGCCGACGACAACGAGGAGGCAGGUUUCGAUGAGUCGAACAACGACCUUGUCGCGCCUACGCCGAUCGGUAUGUACUGCGGACAGCCGACCACGCCUCGUUGGCACAGUCCUCACGUGGACGCGGUAGGUAGCGAAAUUUAA